AUGUCAAGCUUCCUGCUGCUUUCCUCCUACACGAGUUCUGGGAAUCUUUGUCACCCUGCCAGCACAUCUCAGCCUGAGUUUGAGAAAGCUGCAGAGAAGGUUAAGCACUGCAAGACCAAGCCAGCAGACUAUGAGAUGCUGUUCAUCUACGGCCACUACAAACAUGCGAGUGUGGGAGAUGUGACUACAGAAUGGCCUGGGAUGUUGGACUUCACAAGCAAGGCCAAGUGGGAUGCCUGGAAUGAGCUAGAAGGGACUACCAAGGCAGGUGCCAGGAAAGCUGACAUCAACAAAGUCAAAGAGCUAAAGAAAAAAUAUGGAAUAUGA